UCCUCCUCCUCCUCCUCCUCUCGGCCGGCUCGCGCUGUCUUCCUUCCUGCUUACUGAAGAAAGUUGAGGGAGGUUCAACGGCGGCUCGGCUUCAACAUAAUGGACAGCCAGGGAAGGAAAGUGGUGGUCUGCGACAAUGGGACCGGGUUUGUCAAGUGCGGCUAUGCAGGCUCCAACUUCCCUGAGCACAUCUUCCCCGCGCUUGUUGGCAGGCCCAUCAUUCGCUCAACAGCCAAAGUGGGGAACAUUGAGAUUAAGAAUGCCCAGAAGAUGGACCUAAUGGUGGGCGAUGAGGCCAGCGAGCUGCGCUCCAUGCUGGAGGUCAACUACCCCAUGGAGAACGGCAUCGUCAGGAACUGGGAUGACAUGAAGCACCUGUGGGACUACACCUUCGGCCCGGAGAAGCUCAACAUCGAUUCCCGCAACUGCAAGAUCCUGCUGACGGAGCCCCCCAUGAACCCCACCAAGAACCGAGAGAAAAUCAUCGAGGUGAUGUUUGAGACUUACCAGUUUGCAGGAGUCUACAUUGCCAUUCAGGCUGUGCUGACACUGUAUGCUCAAGGCCUUCUCACUGGUGUUGUGGUGGACUCGGGUGACGGCGUCACACACAUUUGUCCAGUGUACGAAGGCUUCAGUCUGCCUCAUCUGACGAGACGCCUCGACAUCGCAGGAAGGGACAUUACCCGCUACCUCAUCAAGUUGUUGCUGCUGAGGGGCUACGCCUUCAACCACUCUGCAGACUUUGAGACGGUGCGCAUGAUGAAGGAGAAGUUGUGUUACGUGGGCUACAACAUCGAGCAGGAGCAGAAGCUGGCGCUGGAGACCACCGUGCUGGUGGAAUCCUACACGCUGCCAGACGGGCGUGUGAUCAAGGUGGGAGGAGAGCGGUUUGAGGCCCCCGAGGCGCUCUUCCAGCCCCACCUCAUUAACGUGGAGGGCGUCGGAGUGGCCGAGCUCCUCUUCAACACCAUCCAAGCAGCUGACAUCGACACCAGGCCUGAGUUCUACAAACACAUCGUGUUGUCAGGAGGAUCCACCAUGUACCCGGGGCUGCCAUCCCGUCUGGAGAGGGAGCUCAAGCAGCUGUACCUGGAGCGCGUGCUCAAGGGCGACGUGGACAAGCUUUCGAAAUUUAAGAUCCGGAUCGAGGAUCCUCCCAGGCGAAAGCACAUGGUGUUUCUGGGCGGAGCCGUGCUGGCCGACAUCAUGAAGGACAAGGACAACUUCUGGCUGACCCGGGAGGAGUACCAGGAGAAAGGAGUCCGCGUGCUGGAAAAACUCGGAGUCACCGUCAGAUAAAGCACUGGACGGACAGAAGACGCACACACAGCUCAUUAAAUACACACACACGCAAAUAUCCACACAUACACACACACACACACACACACUCACACAGACAUGCAUAUUUCCCCCUCGCCCACAUCAGAGUAUAUAUCUAUUUAUCCCUCUUCUUCUCUGUUUCAGCUCGAUUCUCUUCAAAUAUGGGUGGUUGUAGCCGCUACCUCCCUGCUCUCCCCCUAUUCUUCCUCCUCCUCCUCUUCCUCUCUCUUUCACCUCUCUGCCUCCUUCUGUCUCUCUCCUGGUUCAGGAUAGACUCACACUUUUCCUCGCAAGCCCCAAGAAUCGAUUCCAUCUUAGCAGAUUCUCCCCCACUUGAAUGAAACCCCUCGUUGACCUUACCUGAAAACUAAUUGAAGGGUUCCUGUUGCACUGCUGGUGUAUGUUGGAUUUCUGUUGCGUGCUGGUGGGGAAGGUUAGAAACCCAGACGAGAGGCGUCUGUCGUGAAGUAACAUUUUGAGGCGGUCUUGGGCAAUAAACCCACCAGACACACAGAAAGUUUAGCUUUUCUCCCCCCCUCCCUGCGUUAAACCUCCCGAGGGGAUGAAGUGAUGCCUAGUUUCUGUAACGUCACAAUCAGGGUCCACCACAAAAACAGCCACGGGGCCGCUUUCUGCGUCUGUUCCAGGCGAGCGAGAACUGAUCACAUUUUUAUGUCGGUUUUUAUAAAUGAUAUCAUGACUUUUCUUUUCUGGGAGAGGGAUUUACUUUGUUUUGGUUUUUCUUGCCCCCCCCCCCCCCUUUUUUUUUUUUCUUUUUUUUUUUUUUGUUGGAUAUAUGACUUCAGUUUAUAACUUUAAUUUUUUUCCUCCUUUUGUUGCUGUGCACUACUACCAUUGUAAAUGGAGUGUAUUGUGGCAACAGAAGUUCCUCCAUGUCGUUUAUGAAGAAUUGAUGGUUGAUUUGCAAAAGGGACAAAUACACCAAGUGAAGCCCCUGAGCUUGACAUCGGGUGUGUGACGGUACUUUGAGGGGGCUUGCGUUGGUGGAACGUGGGCGUGGGCGUUGGGGGGGGUGGUGUUUUCCUGGCCUCUGCCUCUUCUCCGGAUGUGAGCGUCAUUUCAAACCUCGGCUCACCUGUCGGUCCCGUUAAAUCCACCACAUGGAGGCAGCGGCGGGGCGACCAUGAGAUGUAUUUGAAUCGCUAAAGUA